AUGGAGUCAGCACUGGAGCCAGGCCCAACCCCGAGCCCGCCCUAUCACUGUGUGGUGUUGCCGCCACCCGAUUAUGCCUCUUCGUCGGAGGCACCCAGCUAUACGUCGCAGCCCUCCCCCUUUGAGGAGACGCUCGACUUUACCGCGCGGCCGAGGAUACCCAUUCCUACUGGCCAGCACAUUAGAAAGAAAGGCCGCAUCACGCUGGUCCUCGAUAACCAGGACGAGGGCGCGGCCGUGCCCACGUACCGACGCAACGCGCUCAUCUCCGGCGAGGUACGCCUCGAGAGCCGGGAGGACACUCAGGUCGUCUCCCUGGAGGGCAAGCUCAGCAUGACGGUGUCCGAGGGCUUCAGCGAAACCCGGAACCUCCUCUCAGAAAGCCUGACAAUAUGGGAUGGCGACGGCGAGUGCCCGUACCGCUUCCCGUUUGACCUCCCAAUACCUGCGUCGUGUCGGAUGGGCGAUGCCCACCCUCCCUCGCCACCGAGUUAUCAGAUGGAGUUCCCCGGCGUGCCCGGGCUGUUUGUGAAGGUCGAGUAUACCCUGGUAAUUGCUGUCACGGAGCGGACGCUUGGGAUAUUCAAGCGUACGAAAUGCACCGAACUCUGUCUGCCUCUGAAUUACUACCCGCGGUCACGACCCCACCGGCCAAUACUAUCGCCCUCGCUCUCCUUCCGGCACACCAUGAAAGUGGCGCCGGAGGAGUGGUUCCAGGUCACGUCCACGAUGCCUGCGCGCACGGGCUCGGGCGUCGAGCCUCUCGAUUGCCACUUGUUCAUCCCGGCCGUGCAGAUAUACGGGAUCAGCGACACGAUCCCGUUCUACGUGCAGCUGCGCGGGCCAGCCGCCUCGCUGCUCGCCUUCCUCCCCACGAGUCCCGCCUGUUCUCCUUCUCCCCGGUCCUCGUCCUCGCUCCCAAUCAACCUACCGCCCCUCCCCUCCUUCUUCCCGCCCUCCUCCCGGUUUAAAGGGAAAGCCAGGUCCACCUCGACGCAGCCGACGAUCCGCGUGUUCCUGUACCGCCAAGUGGCCGCGACGAUCCGCGGGCAGAAGACGUGGCGGCCGACGGUGCUCGGCGAGGGCAAGCUGCGCUUCGUGCCGAGCGCGGAGGGCGGGAGCCUGGACUGGGAGGGCGAGGUGCGCUGCCGCGCGGACGUCGCCGUGGGCGGGUUCCGCGUCGGCCCGCUGGUGGUGAAGGAUUUCAUUGUGCUGUCGCUCGUGCCCCCGGACCCGGAGACGAGCGGGCUCGUGGAGCACCAGCAUGCGCACCCCAUAAGACUUGUGACGGAUUCGUAUGCGGAGUUGCUGGGCCCGCCACCCGAGGCGAUGGUCGAUUGA